GAGAUUGAGAACGCACAUAGAAAGACCAGACGAACAGUAUGGCUUCCACUCCUGACAUUUUGAAAUUCACACAGCUCCAUUCAGCUGUCGAUGCUGCAUUUUGGCAAUCCUUUGUUUCUAAAAAAUUAAACGACUUGAAACUUUCCAGUGAGCCUCUCGACAUUCAAGGCUAUUUCACUCAACUCCAUCCAAAAGCACUUGAUGAGCAUGGUAAAGUCGUACCUUUGCCAAGCCGUUUCCAGAUACCUUCGUAUGGAUUGGAGAUGGAGACAUUAGAAACAACAACGACAGGACAGUUUCCAUCGAAAGGAACACUUGUGAAUACAAAUACGAUGGAAGAGUUUCGUCUCAUUGACAAGAAUCAACUAUUUCAACAAGUGGCUGACAAGAUUAAGAAUGCAGUAGAAUCGGGAGAUGCUUUGAAAGACAAUAGUCUUCUCAAUUCAUUCUUGAUGCUCAUGUUUGCAGAUUUGAAACAUCACAAGUUUUAUUACUGGUUUGCCUUUCCCGCCAUGAUGCCUCAACCCGAACCUUGGCGACUCUUAUCUCAAGAUAAGCAUUAUUUCACACAGAAGCAAUUGGAUGACAUCGAUGAGGCUUAUCAAGCUUUAUCUCGAAACGCCUCUUUGUCAUCGAGACCAUCUCCUUAUUUUUGGAUAAAGCAAGAAACCGGGGAAUUACAGGUUGCACCAUUAUGCGAUUAUGAUCGCUUUUACGAAAAUCAUCAAAAUGAUUGCGUUUUAGGAUUUUUUGAUCCGUCGACAGCCAAUGAAUCCCCUGGCUGGCCCUUAAGAAAUGUGUUGUAUCUAGUACAAACCACUUGGCAUUUGAAAAGAUUAAAGGUUUUGUGUUAUCGGCAGCAACAACAACAACAACAACAAACAUCUUCUUUUGUCAUUGAUAUCGAGUUACCAAAUACAUCUUUUUACAGAAACGAUAUUCCAUCUGUGGGAUGGGAAAGAAACGUGCAAGGCAAACUCGGCCCCCGAUUGGCUGAUUUAGGGCCACUGAUGGAUCCUAUAAGACUUUCUGAACAAUACGGUGACCUCAAUUUAAAAUUGAUGCGGUGGCGUUUGCUGCCUGACCUUGAUUUAGAAAAAAUUAAACAAACAAAAUGUUUGUUGUUCGGUGCGGGUACUUUAGGAUGCUAUGUGGCUCGUAGUCUUAUUGCCUGGGGUGUGCGUCAUAUCACCUUUGUCGAUAAUGGAAAAGUAUCUUUGUCGAAUCCUGUACGUCAACCCUUGUAUUCCUUCCAAGAUGCCAUCGAUGGCAAGCAUACGAAAGCAGAGACAGCCGCUGCCAACUUGAAGGACAUCCAUCCUACCGUGGUCUCUUCCGGCUAUUGUCUUGAUAUACCUAUGCCCGGUCAUGCAAUGAAAGACGACGAUGAACAACUGUUAAAAGACAUCCAUCGCAUCACACAGUUAAUCGAAGAGCAUGACGUUAUCUUUCUUUUAACAGAUAGUCGUGAAAGUCGAUGGUAUCCGACGUUGGUCGCGUCCAUGUUGAAUAAGCUGACGAUCAAUAGUGCCCUAGGCUUUGACACGUAUCUCGUGAUGAGACAUGGUUCUCGUCGACGACACCAUCAAACACCUUCCUCUUUGGAACAACCGCAACAACAGAAUCUAGGCUGUUACUUUUGUAACGAUGUGGUGGCACCUACAGAUUCUUUGACAGACCGUACUUUAGAUCAACAAUGUACUGUCACAAGACCUGGUUUAUCAGCCAUAGCAGCUGGCUUGGCGGUUGAAUUGAUGGUCUCUGUACUUCAGCAUCCAGAUGGUAUGGAUGCCAAAGCAGACACUCUGAACAAUGCUUCCUCUCCUGCGAAUCAACAAAGCAGUUUACUCGGUCUUUUGCCUCAUCAGAUAAGAGGCUUUUUGGGCCAAUUCAGAAACCUGUUAAUCGUAGGACAGGCAUAUGAAAAUUGCACGGCAUGUUCAGAAAAGGUUUUGUCAGCCUAUGAAAAAGAUCCCCUGAAUUUCAUGAAGAAGGUUUUACAAGAUUCUCUUUAUUUGGAGCAAGUAACAGGUCUACAGAAAAUGAAGGAAGAAAGUGAAGCUCUUUUUCAUGAUUGGGAUAAUAUAGAAGAUGAAGAAGACGAUUUUUAAGAUUAUUUAUAUACCUGUUCCUCAUCAUUUGAGAACUCUAUUUCUUUAUUUAUCACCCAAAUACAUGGUCUCGGAAACGUUAUAUAGGAUUAUACAAUAUGUAAAUGAUCGAUCUUGAACUUUAAAUAAGGUUACCAUACCAGCUA